GGUAAUUUAGAAUGAAAGCAAAUCAAACAAUUGCUUUUUCGAGUUUUAUUUUAUAUAUAAAAGCCUUGGAUUACAGUUUCUCUUCAGAUAGACCUUACAAUCAUUAGUAAUUAAAUUGUUGAAAAUAACGUUGGGUUUAUGAUCAAAUAACUGCUUUUGAAGAAGUUUUACGGAAUAAGAGAAGAAGGUACAUCGCAAAAAGAAGUUUUCCUUAUAAAAGGUAGGUACCUAUAUUUUCAUAUAACGAUCAAUAAAUAAUUUACCAAAAUUAAAGCAAUAUGCACUUGGAUAUAUAAAUAAAUAAAGUAAAAAAUACUUUCUUAAAAUUUUAUUUGGGCAAUAACUAAAAUAUUUUGAAAAUGAUUUAAGACGACAUUGAAUGAUGUUAAAAGUGUAAUUUAUAUUUGAAAAAUUGCAUGCAGGACGACUAUAAUAAAAUGAACUAGAGAGGAAUUUGAAAUAUCUAAAAUACAAUAUACUUUAUAAUUUAUUGAAUAUUCAAAAUGUUUUUUUUUUUAGUUUUUUUUUAUACUGCUAAUAGUAUCCAUAAGUAUCCAUUUGAAGAUACAAAUUGCAUUUAUUCUAAUUACUUCAUUUUUAAUAUAGAUAAUAUGAAGGUGUUGAUUGUUUUGGGAUUUGUGGUCAUAGUUAUCAGUGCUGUGUGCUCAAUGACUAUACAUGAUAUUUCAAAAGAAUGGAAUUCGUUCAAAGUGUGUACAAAAUACUUGUUUAUCUAUGUAUAAAAUGCUAAUAAAUUGAUGUUAUAUAUAUAUAUUUUUUUUUUUACAGGUAAAGUUUAACAAAGUAUACAAGAAUGUCGAAGAAGAGUUAUUCCGUAAAAAUAUAUACUUAGAAAACAAGGUGAAAAUCGNCUAUACAAAUUACACAUAUAACUAUUUGAUUUUAUAAGCCAGGAUUCUUUGUAAUAUCCAAUUCGAACAAUUAUUAUGAUACAUUAGACUGCUCAUGAAAUUACUGAAAAAAUGAACGGAUUUAAUUAUUUGAAAACAAAUGACAUUGAUGAUGGUGAUUCAGUGACUUUCUUGAGGUCUGAAAAUGUGAUUACUCCCAGUUCCGUCGACUGGAGGAAUAAAGGAUACGUGACACCUGUCAAAGACCAAGGUUUCAUUUGCGGAUCGUGCUGGGCGUUUAGUGCUGUAAGUUUUAGUAUAUAAUAUGAUAAUGACUUAAUUUUUCUGUAUACAAUAAUUGGGUUUAUUAAAAUUAAACUUUCGAAAAAUAGAAUAAUAUUUGGUUUUUUGUUUUGUUUUAUUUUUAAAAAAAUUCAAAUUAAUGGUUACCCUUAGGGUUUCAGUUAAUAACAAAUUUAAAUAGAAUAUAGGCAAAAUCUACGAGAGUGUAAUGAGAUCGACUAUGUUGUAUGGUUCACAGUAUUUGGCGGUAGACAGGCCUGUUUUAUUUUCUACGUACUAAUUGUUUUAGGGAAGUUAUGCGAAUACUAAAAGCAGAUUUAAAUUUGCUGUGAAGUAUAUUUGAGAUCGACUUACACACUCUUUUGAUUUUGAUUUCAAUAUCUCAAAAAAUUAAAAUAUUCUGUUUUAGAUUUUGAGUGAAGUGAAGAAGUUUAUAGUUUUAUAAGGAUGGUCAGUAUUUUCUUUUUUUUUAUCUGUGUCAAAACUUUUCUACUUGAAAUCUUGCCCAGAUUUUCAACCAGCGAUUUUCUCCAAUUUAUAAUGAUAGCAAGUAAUCUAAAAUAAAAUCCCAUUUGAGAGGUACUUUUGAAAAGUAAUUAUUAAUUUAUCCCGAGAGUAUUCCAGUCUAAAGUGAAAAAACGGGGUAAAACAUGAAGAAACUGGGAAAAACAUAAGAAAACUGGAAAAAUCGGUAAUGCUAUAUCACUAUCAACUGAACUCCGCUCAAUAUUAUUAUUUCGUAAGCAAUGGUUUAUCGUUACUUACAGGUAUACAUUUAAUUACAUAUAACAGUAGCUGAAUUCAUUCCCAUUAUCCUGCGCCGUCUUUUUUCAAUUAAUAUUUUAUAAGUGUGGCUAUUUUUAGAUUUCAGGGAGAUAAAUUUAAAAAGUGGAAAAGGCAAUCUCAAGUUCAUAACAAAUUCAAAUCUGUUUUCAGAAUUCUUAUCCCUUUACUAGACCAACUGGUACGUUAGAAUUAGUUGCCUAAGUGUAUAAAUGCCUAUAUCUUACGUGAGUUCGUCGAAGAGAGGACUCGUUGUUUCUAUUCCCCUAAAAGCGUUUGAUGGUUUUAUCAAAGUGUAUAUGUUUUAAUUUUAGACUGGAGCAUUGGAAGGACAACAUUUCCGGAAGACUGGGAAGCUCGUAUCAUUGAGCGAGCAAAAUUUGGUCGAUUGCUCUAAUUGGUUUGGUAAUUAUGGUUGUAUGGGUGGCCUUAUGAAUAAUGCUUUUAGAUACAUCAAAUAUAAUAGAGGAAUUGAUACUGAGGAUUCGUAUCCUUAUACGGGCGGGGUAAGACAUCAUCGAGUUGAUUGGCAUAUAUAUUAGGAAAUUUAUUAAUAAAUAUUUACAGCAAGGAAAGUGCAAGUACAGUUUUAGACACAAGGGCGCUACCGACAGAGGAUACGUGAACAUUACCCAUGGAGACGAAAACGCUCUCAUGGAAGCCGUUACAACUGUUGGGCCGAUAUCUGUUGCUAUAGACUCUUCAGGGCUUGACUUCGGCUUUUAUAAAUCAGGAGUGUUUUACGCGUCUGAUUGUAGUUCAACACGGCUCAACCACGGAGUACUGGUUGUUGGUUAUAACACCACAGAAUCGGGAGAAGACUAUUCCUAUCAAUUCUUAAGAACCCCACUCCUAACCCCGCUUUUACCAAUACAAAACUACCGUGCAUUAUCCUUGAAUAACUGUGGUAUCGCAACUAUGGCCAGUUAUCCUUUGGUCUAA